CGGCCGCAUAUUGACGAAAGGACAAACAAACCACAAGUCAGAACGCAGCCACCGACCAAACCAAACUUGUUUUUAAUCCCUAACCGUCACCAUGCAGUUCCAAUAACACUCGCCCUAGCACGUCGCCCUUCGUCGUCCAUUCUUGUUCGUCGUUGCUGCCGUCGUCUCUGCGCUUUUCUCUUUCAACGCUCGCGUUAUACCCCAUGUCGCAGUCGUCCAAGUCUCCGAGACCCAUACUCAAACGAACCCACAGUGACGAGCGCCGUCAUUCACCCCCAUACCCUCACGGCGUACGUUUCCCCCCUUCUCCAGCCUUAGCACGUACAUUCGAUGCAUAUUCUUCAUCAACAUACGACCGCUCUCCUAUAGAGGUCUCCAGAAAUACAUGCGCUCUUCCCGAGCGCGGUUGCCCUGGUCGUACAUAUGACAUCGACGACCCUUCAUUUUCAAAGUCCGUUAAGAAAACAGUGACCUCCCGCGGUGCACACGCUCAUCCUCGCUUAUUACACUCGACUUCGAGCCCCUCUUACUACUCAGAGUCAAUCUCAAAUCCAUCUUCUUCGUCUUUACCACCGCCCCUUAUCCUAGAUCUUUCUUCAGAAUCAGAAGAAUCUGACGGAUUCAUUGGCCCACCUCCUCCUACAUCCUUCUCUCGCCGUUCUUCCAUCUCGCCAUCAUCUCGCAUCGACAGAUACCCUUCAUCAUGUACCUACCAUCCCGAGAUGAUGUCCUCAUCGCCAAGUGAGAUCAAGGUACGGAUACGUCGAAGUUCCCGUGAGAGAGGAGAGAGAAUACGAAGUUCACCUAUACUAGAGAGGCAGGACAUUGACGACCCUGGAUAUGAAGAUCGCCUAGAGUUCUCAUCUCAUUGUUCUCCCCCAUCGCCCAAUACCCGUUCAAAAAAACAUCGUACACGGAAGAGCAUAUCUGCUCUCACCCAGUCGAUGUCAACCUUUAACAUGCAGGAUGAUGCAGGAUGUCUUGGUGGAUUCUAGAUGUCUGUUGCCGUACUUUCCUAUAGUUACGUUUUCUUUUUUUUUUAUUCCUUUAUUAUUUGGUGUGGGCGGGCCAUUUCGAUUUCGCGUCCAGAGACUUUGUCCAGUUCAGAACUCUUGACUCGACAUACUUUUUUAUACUCUUUCUUGCACAAACCACGUAAUCCUGUCCUCGCCUCUUCCGAGGAUUAUCUUACGCCUCCGUUCAUCAUCUAACUACUCUCAUGCACGUCCGCUACCUCAUCACCUUUUCACCGCAAUUGACAUUUCAUCGUCCUCCCUUCCUUUUUUUUUCGCAACUUCAAUGUAUACCAACCGUCACGAAUACCUGAACAUAAUCUGUAUUUUUUUCCGUUUGUUACCCCUUGCACCUGAAUUCAACUGAACCCCCCGUACCCAGGUCGAACUUGAGGAUUUACAAAUGAUCUGUGAUAGCAGAAGAUUGGCGGACGCGCCCGUUCCUUGAAGAUCCCGUAGUACCACUUUCCUACUUCCGCAAAACAGUAGGUUGUCGCAGACUCGAAAAUUCCGUAGAUGCCGGCCAAGUUCCCGUCUCAGGAAGUCGUACGCAAGGGUUAUUCCGGACCUACAUAACUCAGAGUGGGAACCAACACCUAACCCCUUUAUACCGCCAAAGGCUUCAAACUCCACCGAAUGCUUCAACCAGAAAAGUCAAGGAUGGAUUCGUUCGUCUCCACUGCUGAUUGUUCUCCCACAAGCUCUACUACUUAUGACGUCUCUGGUAAGGAGCCACUUUGAUACCGGCAUCACAGAAAGCUGUUCAGUCUUGCAUCAUCUUGAAACAUGGAAAAACGCC